AUUACCAGCCCGAAUUUAAAUGAAGUGGUUCCAACAGCACACGACUGGCUCGGCGUUGUCUGUAGUUCGGAUUACAUAUCACACAGCUCACUUCCUGAAUCUUUUUGGAGGUUGGCUGCACAUCGAGCACACAGCAUGUCGCAGUCAGACAGCAGGCAGCGAUGAAUUCCGCGAACAACACUGACGCACAGGAGGAAAAGCUCUUCAGCUCCGGCACUUACAAAUUGUUGGCGGUCAUUGUGGGCACGAUAGGUGCCGUGGGCUUCUGUAACAACCUCCUGAUGCUGGUGCUUUAUUGCAAAUUUCAGAGGCUCAGGAGCCCCUCCAAUCUCUUCCUCGUGAACAUCAGCAUCAGUGACUUGCUGCUGUCGAUCUUCGGAGUUUUCUUUACCUUGAUCUCCUGUGUAAAAGAGCGAUGGAUUUGGGAUAACGGUGCUUGCGUCUGGGAUGGCUUCAGCAACAGUCUGUUUGGAAUUUCAUCAAUAAUAUCGCUGACUGUCUUGGCAUAUGAGCGUUACCUCCGAAUGGUGAAUGCGACGGCAAUUGAUUUCUCCUGGGCUUGGCGAGCCAUCACCUACAUCUGGCUUUACUCACUGGUCUGGAGUGGAGCGCCACUAAUUGGCUGGAACAGAUAUACUCUGGAGGUGCAUAGACUAGGCUGCUCAGUGAACUGGGACGCGAGAAACCCCAGUGACACCUCGUUUAUCCUCUUUUUAUUCCUGGGAUGCCUGCUUGUCCCUCUAGGUGUCAUAACUUACUGUUAUGGGAAUAUUUUGUAUACUGUAAGAAUGCUUCGGAACAUUCAAGACCUUCAGAUGGCCCGAUUUGCAAGGAUCUUAACAUAUGAGAAGAAUAUGUCAAAGAUGUGCUUCUUCAUGAUCUCUGUGGCCUUCUCUUGUUUGCUGCCAUAUGCUGUGACGUCCUUUAUGGUGGUUUAUGGUUACACUGAUGUUAUUACCCCCUCUGUAACCAUCAUAGUUUCACUUCUUGCCAAAUCGAGCACAACAUCUAAUCCCAUCAUUUAUACCUUCAUGAGCAGAAAGUAUCGAUGGUGCCUAAUGCAGCUCCUCUGCUCUCGUAUUAUGAGGAUCAAGUGGGCAAUUAAAGAUCGCACUGUUAGAGUCAGAAGUGAAAAGCCAAUCAAACCUAUCGUCAUUUCUGAAAAGGUUGUGGACAGACCAAAAAAGAGAGUGACUUUUAGUUCAUCUUCGAUAAUCUUCAUCAUAGCAAAUGAUGAAACUCAGGAUAUUGGUAGCACUGCUGAACUCAAUGCUACAAACCCAAAUGUUGUUCAGGUGAGGCCUCUGAGAUCAGAAAGAGCAUGAAGAGGAAAACUGUAUGUUGCCAUGAUAUGGGAGAGUUGUUCGUGCCAUGGCCCCUAUUAGACUGAGACAUUGCACCACCAUGAUUCGUGCAGCACCUUGCACCUGAGCCUUGAGGAAAAGUGAUAUUAAACUGUUAUUUAAAAUUUUA